AAUAGCAGGUGUUUUGAGGCGCCGCUCGUUAUAUUUUUGCUGUCGUCGCCACCGCCACCGCCGCCGCUUGAUCGUGACCUCUGCGCCAUGUCCGCCGCCAGCCCCGAGCCGUCCGCGCCGAUCCCCACGUCCCCGGGCCGGGUAUUCUUUCAGACGGCACCCGGGGUGGGCUGCGUGGGCAACGGCCCGGUGCCUCGGGACGACCCGGUGCAGAAGAAGCAGGGCAAAGUCACGGUGAAGUACGACCGGAAAGAGCUGCGGAAGAGACUCGUGCUGGAAGAGUGGAUCAUCGAGCAGCUGAGCGAGCUGUACGACUGCGAGGAAGAGGAGAUGCCUGAGGUCGAGAUAGACAUCGAUGAUCUUCUGGAGGUGAACAGUGAAGACGAGAGAGCUGUAAAAUUACAGGAAUCCCUCACAGACUGCUAUAAGCCAACAGAUGCUUUCGUGCAGGAGCUCCUCGGAAGGAUAAGGGGAAUGCGAAAACUCGGCGCUCCACAGAAGAAAAGCCUUUAAGUGCUCAUGAAAUGGCAACGACAAUCCAGCUACAAUGACUGACUGCAAGUCUCGAAAUCAAUCAUCCAGCCCACGCUUGGUUCACCCUUACCAGCUCCUCAUAGUCUGGACUACAAAUCCCAGACAGGACUCGAGUAUUUUUGCGUCCAGAAUUGAUAGAUCGUAGCGUUCACUUAGCACAGCCUGCCAUGACCUCAAAGGUUUUUAAAAGCCUAUAAUGUUAUUUACAUGACAAAAUGUUGGGGGUUUUUGUACAGUACAAUCCAAUUUCAUUUGCUUUUUCAUUUUUAUGUCUGAUCUUAUUGUAAGACAUUAGUGUCUUUUUACAGUAGGUAAAUUAUGUCGCUGGCUUUAAAGGUCAAGGGUUUGUAUUCAUCGUCCUUGAGUGAGCUGUUUAGGUUGAGCAAUUUGAUUAGUCUUCCUGACAUUCAUUUGAUAGUACAAUGUUACUAGCAUAUCAGUAUCUUAUUUAUUUUUAAGGAAUGUUGUACCUUUUGAGUCUUGUAGCUAAAGAAAUGUGACUGAAACAGUGUGUAAAGGGAAUUUUGUAGCUCAGUUUAGAUUUAAAAAGCAAAAAAAAAAACAAGAAAAGGCCUGUUUUAUGGCUGACGUAGCUACUGUAUAGUGGGUGCUAUAGAACCGUUUCAUUUGAAUAUUUUUAAGCGUUGUGUAUAAAUUAAUUUUAG